AUGGAUAACGACGUGGCAAUACUGGAAAUGAAUAAAAACGUGCGGGAGUACAUGGCGACGCCGGUUUGUACCCCUCGCCCAUCCACCGUAGUCCACAAGCAACUCAGAACAGCUGGAAACGGAGCAAUAAGACCUGACGAAACAGCUCCGAUCGAUGGCCAACAAGUGGUAGACGUUAAAUUAGUGGCUAUAUCGAAACGUAACAGGAUUGUGACCACAGCUGUGGAUGGUGUGGGAGUAUGCAGCGGCGACAGCGGAGGUCCACUCUUUCAAAAGGGACGUGAUCGAAGGAACACUGUUGUAGGAGUAAUGUCAAGCGGUAACACCUGUGAUUUAAACUACAAGGGGUGUGUCGAUAAGUUGAAACAAUGCUCUUUGCCUCGUCACAUGGGAAAACAGGAUGAAAUAUAA